CAGGGGCAAUAGAACAAACAAAAUCUUCCAGAAUUUCCAACUAGGACGCCAUUCACCAGACAGCCCGGACUCCGGAGUUGUUGAUUUCUUCAAUCUUAAUUUGUUCGUACAAAAUCUCAAUUUCCCUUUCCACUCUGAUCGAAUUCAAAUUCAUUGCGUCUUUUUCUGCAUCCAAUUCAAGCGAUUUUUAGGUGCGAACGGUUGAAUAUUGUCGCUUGAAGAACAAUUUUGCGGGGAAGGAAAAAUGAGUCAGGUUUUCGAAGGAUACGAACGACAAUACUGCGAGCUUUCGGCGAAUUUGUCCAAAAAAUGCACUGCGGCGAGCAUGCUUGAUGGAGAACAGAGAAAACAAAAACUAUCUGAAGUUAAAUCCGGAUUGGAUGAUGCUGAUGCUUUGAUUCGUAAGAUGGACCUUGAGGCUCGAAGUUUGCCUCCAAGCUCUAAGUCCAUGCUUCUUACAAAGUUAAGAGAGUAUAAAACAGACCUGAAUAAUUUGAAGGCUGACGUUAAGAGAAUAUCUUCAGCUAAUUUAAAUCAAGCUGCACGAGACGACUUACUGGAAUCAGGAAUGGCCGAUGCAAUGACGGUGGCUGCUGACCAAAGAGGGAGGUUGAUGAUGUCAACUGAGAGACUAAACCAGUCUAGUGACAGGAUAAGGGAAAGUCGGAAAGUGAUGCUAGAAACUGAAGAUCUUGGAGUAUCAAUCCUUCAGGAUUUGCAUCAACAACGUCAAGCUCUCCUGCAUGCUCAUAACACGCUUCAUGGAGUGGAUGACAACAUCAGUAGGAGCAAGAAGAUACUGACCAAUAUGUCAAGAAGGAUGAGCAGGAACAAAUGGAUCAUUGGCUCCAUUAUUGCUGUCUUAGUUGUCGCAAUUAUUUUGAUUCUUUACUUUAAGCUCACUCAUUAGUUUUCUAUUGUUUGCUCUCGAUCCAUUGAUUUCUUCCUACUGUGUGGUGCAAGGCUUUUACCCAGAGAAAUCCGAGACAAGUUAUCUUAUGCUGGUUUGUUUAUUCCGGAAAGACCUCCCUUGGUUGUUUAUAUCUUGUAAUGGCAAAUGUGCCCAAUAUUCAAAUUUAUGUCAUUGAGAUUUGGUUUCUCUGUGGACGUAACCCUUUCUCUGUGCCGAUGUGUAUAAUUCUUGUUGCGAAGCCUUAUUACAUAUCCCAUUUUACGUUUAACAUUUGUUUCUUACGCAUGAUUCAUAUUAAUUAAUUUACUUUGCUCUUCU